UAGCACAAAUACUAGAUAAGUAUUAGUACAAAUAUCAACUUUUAACUUAAGUUGCUUGAAUCAUUAUCAGAUUUUGUUCCAUAAACAGUUUUGACCAGAAAAAGAAACUCGGGGUUCGUUUAUCCAUUUUAGAUUGUAUAAUUCUUCUUAUUGAAAGAUAAAAAUGACGAGCUAUUAAAACUUAACUAAGAAGCAAAAAAACAGUUUGAACGAAGAAAUCGAAGAAAGAACAAAAGAAAGAAAUUUAAAAAAUGUAGAAAAUGUUGAAAUUUGAAGACAAAAUUAGAAACAGAGGAAAAAAGGAAUAACAUACCACGACCCUCUUCUAUCCUAUUGUUCAUCGGGUGUUGAAAUCGCUAUUUUGAUCCUCAAUAUCCUUUUCUUCUUGAAAGUUGAAUAUAUUGACUGAAAAUUCCAAUUCUACAUGAUGCCUUCUGCAUUUAUACUGGUUGCUGUACUUUACAGUUUCAAAGGCACGGUCGGAUUGGCUCCGGAGUUUUUAGAUGUUAUUUCUAAUGUUACCAUUUCACAGGGGAGAGAUGCUUCAUUCGCCUGCAGUGUUAAGAAUCUAGGGGGAUUCAAGGUUGCCUGGAUUAAGUCGGAUACUAAAGCUAUCCUUGCAAUCCAUGAUCACGUGAUCACAAAUAAUGAUCGUCUUGAUGUGACACAUAAUGACAAGGAUACAUGGACGCUAACCCUGCGAAGUGUACAGACUGAGGACCGUGGACCAUACAUGUGUCAAGUUAAUUCAACUCCAGUACGUAAACAGAUCGCGCACCUCGAAGUAGUAAUUCCGCCGAGAAUCGUCGAUUCUCUCUCCAGUAGCGACGAUUCUGUUCCGGAGGGAGGGACGGCAAAGCUGACAUGCAUCGCCGAGGGGUUUCCCAGACCUGAAGUUGUCUGGAGGAGAGGAGACGGACAAAUGAUAACUGUUAAGACUAACGGAAAGAAGAGGAAAAGUAUGGAGAUAUCUGGGUCUACCCUAGAACUGAAGAGUGUAACUAGGAGUGAGAUGGGUUCCUAUAUGUGUAUUGCUAGGAACGGAGUUCCACCUGCAGUCAGCAAACAUAUUCAUCUAAAUGUUAACUUUCAACCGCAGAUCUCAAGUCAGCAGCAGUUGGUGGGAGCUCCGGCAGGAACAGAAAUAAAAUUAAUCUGUAUUGCAGAGGCUUCUCCACGGCCCAUUAACUACUGGACUUUUGGUACAGGCGAGAUGAUUGUUCCUAAUGAGAAAUUUAAGAUGGAGGAGGUAGAUGAGAGUAGUUACAGGUUCAUGAUUACACUCACAAUUAAGAAUCUCAUCCCCCCAGAUUUUGGAAGCUUUCGUUGUAUUUCUAAGAACUCUAUUGGACAAGCGGAGGAAUAUAUUGAACUUUAUGAAUUCAAAACCAUUCCGACAUACAGUGUAUUUUCACCCGAACCUGAACCACAGAGUGGUGAGGAUACUAGAAAUGAAGUGGCUCUGACCCCCACGGAUAGACCUGGUAUACCUGGAAAACAGACACACAUAUACUCAGACAGAAAGAAGGAAAGUUAA